AUGCGGCGCUCCGACAGCGCGGCGUCGGGAGUGCCGGCCGGCGUCCGGAUGGAGCGAUCGGAGCUCUGCUUCCCGCAGCUGGGCAACCUCUCGUGCAGGAAGUCGUCUUCGGCUCCCGAGCAGGUUUUUCUUUACAGGGUCCUUUCGGGCGUUCUGCUGCCGCCGAUCUGCGCGGCGACCGUGCUGCUCAACCUGCUGGUCAUCGUGGCCAUCUCCCACUUCAGGCAGCUGCACACCCCCACCAACCUCCUCCUCCUCUCUCUGUCCGUGGCCGACUUGCUGGGGGGUCUCCUGAUGAUCCCCACGCAGUUUUACAGCUGGGCCUCUUGCUGGUUGCUCGGGGACACGGCGUGCGCGCUCUUCCUCAUCAUCUUGAUCACGGUGACGUCGGCCUCGGUGGGCAACAUGGUGCUGAUUUCGGCCGACCGUUACGUGGCCAUUUGCGACCCUCUGCAUUAUCGCGUCAAAGUGACGGUCAGAAGAAUCCGAGCGUGCGUUUGUCUCUGCUGGCUCUCGUCUCUUCUCUACGCUUGCGUCAUUUGCGAGGAGCAGCUGGCGCGACCGGGAAAGUUUCGCUCCUGCUACGGCGAGUGCGUCCUCACUCUCGACGACGGGGCCGGCGCGGCGGACGUGCUGGUGGCUUUCGCCCUCCCGCUGGCCACCGUCGCGGCCCUGUACGGCAGAGUGUUUGCGGCGGCGGCGUUGCAGGCACGAGCCCUGCGCCCUCGCGUCCAACGUGUCCGCUUGCGGCGUUCGGUGCUCCCGCGAGCAAACAGAUCGGAGCUGAAGGCGGCCAAGACGCUGGGCGUCCUGGUGCUGGUCUUCCUGAUGUGCUUCUGUCCGUACUACGUGGCCGCGUUCGUACAAGGCAGCUCCGAAACGUCUCCGCUCAGGACUUUUCUUCUUCACGUCUACUUUUUUAACUCCUGCAUCAAUCCGCUGAUCUACACCUUGUUCUACCCGUGGUUUCGACGAGCGGUUCGACUCAUCGUCGCCCUGCGCAUACUGCGGCCGGGCUCCCGGUGGGUCAACCUGCAGUAG